UAUACAACGCCGCUAAAGAAGUUUUCACUUCAAAAAAGACAAUUAUUAAAACGAAAGACCAGACUGUAUGGACAUUGUUUCUUUUGCGUUCCCUGAAAAGGGAGAAUCUCAAAAAAAACCAUGACAAACGAAAUUGAUUCGACGUUUCAGAUUCGAUGCCGGCAUUUCUGGCUAUUUGUGUUUACUUUAAGUAGACUUGACAUCAGUCUGUCCUUUUCAUUCUUUAUAGAACACGAUAAGGACAGAUUGUUAUCUCUUACAAAUAGCAAACACGAAUAGAUUAGUGAUGGAUGUUUAUAUUUGCUUCACAGUUUGUGUUGUGAAAUUGUGAUUGUAAAACAAAAAUAUAUUAGAAAUAAUAUUAAUAAUUAACUUUUAACAAUUAUGGAGGAAGGAAAUUCAAUAAUAUACGGUCUUGAACACCAGACAAGGGCCUUGUCGCCUCAAUAUGGAGAGAAUGAUGCCAUUCGGUUCCUCAUUGGCACACAAAGUUUGAAACCUGAAUCUAACCAAGUUCAUGUGGUGGAGUUAGAAGAAGACACUGGAGCUUUACAUACUAAGGUGUUCAAACAUGACAUCGGUGAGAUAUGGCAUCUGCGGUGUUCACCACAUGACGCUGCAACCCUCCUCACCACACACAACUCGUAUGAUCCCAACACCUCACAGUGCACUAUGGGUGUGUCCGUAUUUAAACUGCCCACUGUUGAAGUCAUCCCGAAAGAUCUUGAUGACCUCAGUGCAAUACAAGGGAGGAACCCUGAAAAUAUGGAGCUGAUGACAACAAUUAGACCAGAGGCAAUCGGUGAAAAAUCAAAAUCUCAAAUGGCCCUGAUAGGCACUUCCAAUUCACUACCCAUCUUGAGGGAGUACCCCAAUCGCUUAAUGGCUGAGUGGGAUGGCGAAUGGCCCCCUGGUCUCAUGAGUGUCUUACUCAUACAGAAGUCGGGUGAAGAGAUCCGUUGUGGGGAAUGGCAUCCCACUGAAGCUAGCCGUAUAGGCGUAGUGUAUGAAGGCGGGGUUAGCGUACAUGAUGUAACAAAGGGCGAUGUGGUGGCCACUACGGCAACGCAGGCGAGGGCGAGGCAAAACCUUACCGGGGGCAAGUGGAACCCGCAUCAGGGGCAUACGCAGUUCGCAGUACUACAGGAUAUGCAUAUAAAGUGUUACGACACUCGCACAGACUGCACCAAACCGUCGUGGAGCAUAGACAACGCGCACAAACAACUAGCCAGAGACCUCGACUUCAAUCCAAACAGGCAGUUUCAUUUGGCGAGUGCGGGAGAUGAUGCCGCCCUUAAUAUUUGGGACUACAGAAACGGCAGGGAACCCAUAUUCAGCAGGACGGAUCAUUCGCACUGGGUGUGGACAGUUCGCUACAACACUUACCACGAGCAGUUACUGCUGACGGGCAGCUCUGACGCGCGAGCCUUACUAACUGCUGCGGCCAGCGUGUGUAAAGAUUUGGAUGAAGAGGCUGCGAAGAUCAGUCAAGCUCUAGAAGACGGCGUUCUCCAAUCGUACGAGCAGCACGAAGACAGCGUAUACGCCUGCGAAUGGAGCGCAUCCGAACCUUGGACCUUCGCGUCUUUAAGCUACGACGCUCGCCUUUACAUUUUUAUGAUUAUAAUUAAUAUGAUGGAAUAUUGCUCGCACCUUUGGGAUGGCUCCGCCAAGUACUUGCUCGAUGCUUUGGAUAGGUUACAGCAGCGCGCGAUUCGAAUCAUAGGUGAUGAGGUGACUAAACCCUGA